AUGACAAUGACACCCUCGGAUGCCUUUAAAGUGCUAAUGAAUGGGGUACAUUGCUGGCACCUUUCCAGCAAUGAAGUUCCUUGUGAACUACUUCUCAUUGGUGAAGCUGCCUUCCCAGUGCUGGUAAAUGGGAAAGGCCAGGUUCUCAUCGCUGCCUCCCAGUAUGGCAAGGGCCGCAUGGUUGUCAUGGCCCAUGAGGUCUACCUGCAUUAUACAAGUAUGACCCAAUUUUUACACAAUGCUGUGAGCUGGCUCAAUCAGUGCUCAGGUGCUACCAUUGGGGUACAUCCAUCUGUAAAAAGUCUGGUCUCUAUCCUCUGUUCCCCUUGUAUGAAAGUACAGAUUACUGAUUGCAUAGAUAAUUGCCUAGGGGUAUACUGCAUGAAUGCCUAUGAUGCCACCAUGGCCAAAAAGCUAAUUCAGUUUGUGAAGAAUGGUGGAGGCUUGCUCAUUGGAGGUCAAGCUUGGCAUUGGGCAAGUCAACAGUGCCAGAGAAAGGUUCUGUCUGACUUCCCUGGUAACCAUAUUACCAGUGUGGCUGGUGUGUACUUCACUGAUACCUACGGAGAUAUCAGCUGCCCUCAAGUCACUACGGAAGUACCUACAAUUCCACUUACAGUAAGAUUUGGGGAAGACCUUUCCCAAGAUCAGAAGCAACUCUUAGAUGGAAUCUCAGAGCUGAACUUUAGUUUGACAGGAGUCCCCUCUCAACUCCUGGUGCAUGGAGCCUUGGCCUUCCCUCUGGGGCUAGAUAAAUCUCUAGGGUGCUUCCUGGCAGCUGCCCGAUAUGGCCGGGGUCGGGUGGUGCUUGCUUCCCAUGAAGAUAUCCUCUUGGAACCUAAACUGGUCCAUUUUCUGUCUAAUGCUGUCCAUUGGUUGGCAGGGGACCAGAAGGGUAAGAUUGGGAUUAACUCUGAAUUGAAAGAUCUGCAUCCCCUGCUGAAUAUUAGUUGCCUGGAAAGUUGCAUAGUACCCUGUUUCUCUACUGACUUAAGUGUAUACUGCUGCCAGUCAUACAAGGACCAUGAGGCAAAACAGCUCCAUGAGUUUGUGGCAGAGGGUGGGGGAUUACUGAUAGGAGGUCAUGCUUGGUGGUGGGCCUCCCAAAAUCCAUGUAAAAUUGCUCUGUCUGAUUAUCCUGGGAACCACAUCCUUAACCCCUUUGGCCUCAGUAUACUAGACCAGACCCUGGAAAAAAGUUGCUUUCCUGUUCUUUGUCCUCAGGACAGGAACUAUCACUUACGCUUGGCACUGUCCCAGGUUCUGAAUGAGCCAACUGCUCAGGGAGGGUCCUUGACAGAGGCCUGGGAGGCAAAGCUGAAGAAGGAUAGCAAGGCCUUCCUGAUGAUGUCUGCAAAGGGGAUCCCUGCAUAUGUCUCCUUGCAACACUUCUUCAGAAAGUUUGAAACCAAAUGAACCUCCAGGAAUAAAGAUUAAUCAAUACUCCCCUAGCUUUACUUUGGAUAAUUAGGAGGACUCUUAAAGUCCCAUAUUAUGUGUGAUUGUAACUGCAAGGCAUAUGCCCCCCAUGCUUAGCAAAAUAAUUCCUUUUUAAAAUUUAAAAAGAAAUAUAUAAGUUAGCAUAGUUAUAGUUACUUCCACUGUUUAGACCCUCUAAGACAUAAAGUUAUACCGAUAAGCUUGGAUAGACCCCAAGGUUUCAGUUGAACCCAUGCUCUAGUAGGCAUAAGUAUUAGAUAAAUUUAGGUGGUCCUAGGGUACCACCUAAGCUUACCCUGUGUGUGUAUCCUGGAUAAAAUUCCCUCCCCUCCCCUUUUAAAUAUUGUAUAAAA